UAGAAAAAAAUGAAAAAAAAAGAUGUCCACAAUGGAAUAAAUCAAACCGCCAAUUGUAAAAUUAGAAAAUAGUUUCAAUAGCAAUAGCAAAAUAGUCUAGUUUUAUUUAGAUCCGUAUAAUUUCAGAAAUGAAUAGUAUGAAUUUACCAGAAGACUGUUCCAAGCAGUGGGAUUUAUUGUUAUUAUUAUUAUCUUCCGAAGAAAAGAAAAUAGAUAGAACUACUGACAGCGAAAUUGAAGUGAUGUCUUAUUUUUAUAAACACGAGGGAAUCAGAAAAAUAUUGCUUCAAUGGCUAGGACAAAUGCAUGAAUCAUAUGCCAAGAAGAAAAGUAAAUUAGAUACAGCGACUAAAAGUGAUGAGAUUUCUUUACACUGGCGUCAUAAAGGCAACGAGAACUUCCGAAACAACUACAUCGAAGAAAGUUAUAAAUGUUAUUCAAAAAGUGUCCAAUAUGCGGAACCCGGUGGCCCUAUGUUUCCCCUCGCUUUCGCAAACAGAUCUGCUUCACUGUUAAGACUGAAAAGGUACCAGGAAUGUAUGUCUGAUAUAGAGCAUGCAUUAGUGAACAGGUACCCUCGAGAACAACAGCAUAAGCUUUACUUGAGACAGGCUGAUUGUCUGAUUGAGCUCCGACAAGCAACAAGGGCUCAGCAAGCACUAAAAGAAGCCAGAGAGCAUGCUGAAAGUUUGCAACUUCCUGCAGUUCAUGCCAAUGAGUUUGACCGACAUCUAAAGGUGAUAGAGAAGAAAUUAGACAUCUUGGGUCCAGUAAAUGUAAAGACUGAAGAACCAGAACCAUCUAGCUGCUUGCUCGGAGAAAACCACGCUUUUGUAUCAGCCUCAUCAGUACUUGAAUUGAAGCGCAGUGACACAGCCGGCCGAUAUGUGGUGACGAAGCAGGCCACUCAGCGAGGCGAUGUCCUGUUUGCUGAGGACCCUUAUGCAUUUGUCGCGUUGCCCCUUGAUGGAGACCUUGCAAUCGUGUGCGAACAGUGCUGUCGUGGUGAUGUGAAUUGUGUGCCUUGCAAAUGUUGUUCCCGUGCGGUGUACUGCGGAGAGCGGUGCCGCGACGCCGCGUGGGACCAACACCACCGCUUCGAGUGCGUCGGCGCGCAGAGCCGUCUCUUCCCCACCAUAGGGAUCGCUCACUUAGCUUUAAGGGUAUUACUAGUAUCUGCUAGCCAUGGAUUUCCAGCACUACCUCAGGACGCCAAAACUAAGCAGACAAAUGCCCAAGAUUUAUUUAAAUUCUACUCAGACUGCGAUAAUGUACAAAUAUACAAAAAAGACACCCCAGCCUUCUACAGGAUGUUUAAUCUAGUCACAAACUUUGAUAAGAUGAAUAAUGCAGAUUAUAUACAGUAUGGUUUGACUGCAACAAUGCUAGCUUUAUACCUGGAGUCUUUUACGACAUUCUUUCCUUAUCUUGCGAGUCAACUGCCCAGCACCAUGUCUUCAGAACAGGUGAAACUGUUCGCAUCUGCCUUCAUACUGAGAAGCUUGGGUCAGCUAGUCUGCAAUGGCCAUGCAGCUUUAAGCCUCGCUACAUUUGAUGAUAGUGGUAAAGGAGAAAGCCGUACUCUGUCGGAGCGAGAGGUUCGGCAUGCCACCGCCAUCUACCCGUCUGCGGCCAUGAUGAACCACUCCUGCGACCCCAACAUCGUUAACACGUUCCACCGGCACCGGCUGGUGAUCCGCGGCGGGCGCGAGCUGGCGGCCGGCGCGGAGGUGCUCAACUGCUACGGGCCGCACCGCGCUCGCGAGCUGGCAGCCGACCGGCGCGCGCGCCUCCGGGCGCAGUACCUGUUCCACUGCAACUGCACCGCAUGCGCUGACGGCGACAGGAAAGACGCUGUCUUGUUGUUCAGCGCGUACGCGUGCCCGUCGUGCAAGGGGCCGGUGCUGUGGGCGCGGCGGCGCGCGGUGUGCCAGCAGUGCCGCCGCGAGCCGCCGCUGCAGGCCGCCCGGCUGCAGCUUCAACACGCCGACGAUCUGGAGGCGCAAGCUGAGAAAGCUGCAACACUGGAAGAGCGGUGCGAGAAGCUGCACGAGGCGUUCAAGUUGAAGCAGCAGGUGUGGCACCGGCACCACACGGCUCUGCGCGAUGCCGCCGACCGCCUGGCCAGGGUGCACGCCGAGAUGGGGGACUUCGGCAAAAGUGUGGAGCUUAUAAAACAAAAUAUACAAAGCUUGGAAUACCACUACGGAUCAUUUAGUGUUGAGGUGGCCCACGAACUCCGGAAGUUGGCUGAUGUGAUGUUAGAGCGAAUGUUUCGAUCUCCGCAACAUUCUGACUACAGGGACUGGUGCCUGGAAACGCACAAGAUCAUAAAGAAAGCGUACCAACUAAUGGAGUUGAACUACGGAGGUUGGGAGCCUCUGGUGCGGCGCCUGAAGCGGCAGGAGGCGGCGGUGGCGGCGCAGCUGGCUGGCAGUCGCACGCCCGAUGCAGCCCAUUCGGUGCAUCACAACCUUCAUUAUAACCUUAAAAUAUAGCUGCAUGAAUCCUACAGAUAGUCUUUGCCCAACAGUGGAAAAAAUAUCUAAGAAAAUCUAUUAUAGAGAAAAAAUAUGUAAAAGAUUGUAUGUAUACCUAGGUAUAUAAUUAUGAGCAUUCGUUUAACGCUACCAUACAUGGAAAGGACGAUCGGAUCAGGCUGAACUGAUACCGUUUUGCCUGAUCGGAUUCGUACACACAGCGAGCUUACCUUCAGGACAAUUUAUACACACACGACACGGAUUUUCAUGCGUUCAGAUAACUGAAGGUAAGACUGUCUGUAUAUCUGGCACUGUAAGGGUGAAUUCGUCCAAACAUCACGUUACACGAGAAUAACUAUACCGGAAUAAAAUUUAUACGCGAGUAAAUAUCUAGGAUAAGUACAUUUGCAUUCUA